GAUGUGAACGGGAGAAGCUCGUUGCAAGGCAAACGCUUGCUGUCAGAAUCCGUGCAGCGGGACUCGUGUAUACGUGGAACUCUUGUGCGCUUGCUGCUUGUUUCCUUGGGUCUGUUUUAACACAUUGAGUCAAUCUUCCUCUUGAGCACAUCCGUAGGUAGACUUGAUACGUGACCGACGAUGCUGGAGACAUGUAAAGCAAAGCCAAGGCAGUCCUUUCGCGUUUGCUUUUGUGUUUUUCAACGAAUCCUCGGAAGAGGCGCAGGAAUUCAUCCGAAGUGAGCGCAGUCUCGACGGAUUGUUGUGUUUUAGUGAAAUAUCGCUUGUGGCUGCUAAUGGUGCUCAGCUUCGGUGUGGAAGCAAAGCAGCUACGAAGCUACGGAGGACUUUCUGUUGAAUGUAAUUUAUCAUAAUCUGUCUUUCGGACCACAAAAUGGCAAUUGUACCCUGAUAUCUUAAACCUAACAUAAUAUUUCAGUUCUCAGUUAGCUGUGCAUGAACAUUGCAUGCUGGUUGGCUGUAAAUGGUGUCGACUGGCUAGCGAUCUAAUCGUUUGUGCAUCACCAGUGGAAGUGACCUGUCACCUAAUAAUGGAAAUGUAUUUCUCAAGUAAUGUGUUUAUACAUGCAGCGCACGCAUAGUGCGUGCACGAGGAUGUCUGAAUAGUUAAAAGUGGACUCGUUUAUAUGGAGGAAGUGGCAGUAUCUCGGUUUUGCAUGUUUGGGUGUUAAAUUAAACCCAUAUGCCCUGAUAUUAGUCAUCUGACUGGAAAGAGGCAGGUCAGAUUUGUUGUUGUUGCUCCUCCUUUUAUUUCGGCGUUUUACUUGACAACUUCAUCCUCCAUUAAACUGAUUGUGAAGACAUCAACACUGACUAGUCAUGCUGUGAUCAGACACUAACACGCAUAGUGUCAGGAAUUUAAAUCCCUUUACAGAAUCCCUGUCAAAUGCCUCUACUGUAAUCAUCUGUAAACUGGACUUUGCUGUUACUUGAACUGCUUCUCUAAGAAGACCUAUCGAGACUUGACAUCCAUCGACUGGCUUGCAGAGCCUCCGCUCCACCAUGCGACUGGCUUCUUUUCUGGCUGUUUUCCGGCCUGCGCUGCCUCUCAUCCUGGGACUCUCUUUGGGCUGCAGCCUCAGCCUCCUGAUGGUGUCCUGGACGCAGGGGGAGACCGAUGAGGCUUGUGGAGAUGAACUGGGCAAUGGGAGACUCAUACACAGUGGUCAUAUCAGGGAUGUCCAGGAUGGUCUAGAUGGGAAUGGGAAUGAGGACUUUCAGCCUCGCAUUGUGCCCUAUCACAAGGACCCCAACAAACCACACAAGAAAGUCCUCAGGACGCGCUACAUCCACACGGAGCUGGGCAUCCGAGAACGCCUUCUAGUGGGUAUCCUGAGCUCACGGGCCACUCUCAACACACUAGGGGUGGCUGUCAAUAAAACAGUAGCUCACCGUUUCCACCGUACCUUCUUUUUCACUGGCCUUCGAAGCGCGAAGGCACCGCACGGAAUGGCUGUUGUUGCUCACGGUGAUGACCGACCCGUCUGGCUGAUGUAUGAAACUAUACGGCACCUCCAUCAACACCACGGCAAUGAGUAUGACUGGUUUUACCUUGCACAAGAUGACACAUACACACAAGCUGAAAGGGUCAUAGAGCUGGUUAAUCAUCUUAGUGCGGGACAGGAUAUGUACAUGGGACGGGCAGAGGAGUUCAUUGGGGGUGAAGAACGUGCCCGAUAUUGCCAUGGUGGAUAUGGGUAUCUGCUGUCACGUAGCCUGCUAGCCCGACUGCAGCCCCACCUGGACUCUUGUCGAAAUGAUAUCCUCAGUGUCAGGCCAGAUGAGUGGCUUGGUCGCUGCAUCAUCGAUUACCUGGGUCUCAGCUGUGUGGAGAAGCAUCAGGAGAUGACAUACCGUUACUUUGAGCUGCAAAAGAACGUGGACCCUGAGCGCGAGGACAGUGCACAGUUUAAGAACGCCUUCACUGUCCAUCCCGUCUCUGAACCUGCCCUGAUGUAUCGCCUACACAAACGCUACAACCAGAUUGAGCUGGACUGGACUUAUGCACAAAUACAGCAGUUACAGAACCAGAUCAAUAACAUAAGUGAGCUCACUCCAGAGGGCAAAGCCGGAGCCACCUGGCCCAUCGGAAUCAACCCACCCUUCCGACCCAAAACCCGCUUUGAGGUGAUCAACUGGGAAUACUUCACCGAAGAGCACAUUUACUCAUGUGCCGACAGCUCUCCAAAGUGUGAGCUUCGCGGUGCAGACCGGGCAGACGUCAGUUCAGUCCUGGAGACCGCAGUGGGCCGACUAAACGAGCGCUAUCAACCACAGUUACGCUUCCGUAAGCGCCGUCUGCUGAACGGGUACCGGCGCUUCGAUCCCACGCGAGGCAUGGAGUACGUACUGGAUUUGGCCCUGGAAGCUUUUACGCAAAAAGGUCACAGUCAGGUCAUCGCCAAACGGGUGAGUCUGCUGAAACCGCUCAGUGCUGUCGAGAUCAUUCCUAUGCCUUAUGUAACGGAAGCAACACGGGUCCAGGUGAUCCUCCCUGUGACGGCACACGAUCAAGACUUUGUGGGUAACUUCCUUGACAUGUAUGUCAUGAAUGCUUUGGAUACCCAUGACAAUGCUCUUCUCACCUUCUUGUUUGUGUAUGACCCCUUCGAUGCCCAAAGAGUCAGCCAGACGGACGUCUUUGCAGGUGUCAAAGCCAUGAUUGGUGAGGUAGAGAAACGUUACGGUGAUGUGAAGAUUCCUUGGAUUAGUGUAAAGACUGAAGUUCCCUCACAGGUCAAACUGAUGGACAUCAUCUCCAAGAAGCACCCAGUAGACACCCUGUUCUUCCUAGCCAGUGUAUGGACUGAGGUCAACGCUGACUUCCUCAACCGCUGCCGUAUGAAUGCUAUCAGCAAUUGGCAGGUCUUCUUCCCAAUACACUUUCAAGAAUACAGUCCUGCUCUGGUCUACCGUGACCAACAGCCUUCCGCCGCUUCAUCGUUUGCAUCCGAGUCGCUGCGCGAUGGCCACUUCGACCGCCACGUCUUUGAAGAAGCCUGCUUCUACAAUGCAGACUACAUGGCUGCCCGCACAAAGAUGGCGGCUGACAUCUUAGACAAUGACGAGUUGCUUGAGAGCAUGGACGUCUAUGAGAUCUUUGUGCGUUAUUCGGGGCUUCACGUGUUUCGGGCCGUCGAGCCAGCGCUAGUUCAGAAGUAUGUGCACAGAGAAUGUAACCCGCGGUUCAGUGAGGACAUCUAUCACCGCUGUGUGCUCAGUAACCUCGAGGGGCUGGCCUCUCGAUCACACCUAGCGAUGGCUCUGUUUGAACAGGAGCAGGCUAACAGCACCUGAACUGACUACUACUGCAACCCUAAGAUGGCUUAAACUUCUUGAUUCUCAUUUAGGUGGCCUUAAAUGACCUACUGAUAUUGAUCGAAAUGAAUUUCACCCUGAUGCUGUGAAGAACUUUGCACAGAUCAUCCAGUGACUCAAUCUCAGUUCAGUUAGCUUCUGGUGAAGUUGUCAUCAUUUACUUAGCCUCAUGUUGUUCAAAAUCUGUUUUACAGACAUUUUGAAGAUUUUUUUUUUCUUUCAUCUAUACAAUGAAUGUCAAAGGUGACAAGUUCUCUUUGUUGUGUUCUGAAGAAGAAAAAUUCAGGUUUGAACUGAGUUGAAGAUGAGUAAACAAUGACAUUUUGGGGUCCCUUUAUGGAUCUUCAUAAAAUGGAAUUAACACACAAAUGCGUCAAUAAUUUAACCAGAGAACAACAUUUGCAAUAUCCUCAUAACUCAUUUUAAAUAAAAUGUGAGGAAUGAGUUUCACCUUGUUUACAUUAAUACACCGAUAACUGAAUGCAGGAACUUGAAGUUAGCAAUGCAUAUGGAACACGUUCAUCUUUUACUAUAUAAACAUGUCAGUCUUUAGGUGGUUAGUAGAGGUUUUAGUCUCAGCUACAAAAUAACUUGAGCCAUCUUUCUUCCUCCAGAUAUAUGAUUGUAUGACCUUCGAAUAGAAUGUGCUGAAUAUUUCAGGACUGAAUAAACAUUAUCUGUGAAACCA